AUGUCUGGAAAAUAUCUUCACGGUCACCACGCUUCUGUUCUUCGCUCUCACAGUUGGCGCACAGUCGAGAACUCCUGUCCUCAUCUCCUCCCAUACCUAAACAACCCUUCGCUCAAGAUACUCGACGUCGGCUGCGGCCCCGGCACCAUCAGCGUCGAUAUCGCCGCCCGCGUCCCACAAGGCUUCGUCUACGCGAUUGAUCCCUCGGCCGAAGUCAUCGAGAAAGCUCGAAAGCAUGCAGAGGAACGGGGCAUCACAAACAUACGGUUUGAGGCUGGCGACAUAUUUGAAUGGAACAAGCUUGAAGGCGUCACAGAAGGAGGUUUUGAUGUGGUGCACGCGCAUCAAGUGCUGCAGCAUCUCCAAGACCCCCUGGGCGCGAUGAAGGAGAUGAAGCGCCUGACCAAAGCUGGAGGCAUUCUUGCCAUACGGGACUGUAACUACAGUGCCAUGGACUGGUACCCAGAUCAUCCUGUGAUACAAAAGUGGAAGGAGUUGUAUAUCAAGAUUGCGCUUGGCCUCAAGGCACAUCCAAACCUUGGCAAGCAGCUGCACGCAGUAGCCCUGCAGGCCGGCUUUCCAAGGGCUAAUAUCGAGGCUAGCGUGGAUACCUGGACGUUUAGUACGCUGGAAGAAAGAGAGUUUUGGUGUGGUCUUUGGGCCGACAGGACGGUCAAGAGCGACUUCAAGCAGAGAGCCUUGGAGAGCGGUCAUGCGACAGAACAAGAGUUGGACGAGAUAUCCGCAGCAUUCCGAGACAUGGAGAAGAAGGAAGACGGCUGGUUUGUCGUCAUCAACGGGCAGAUCAUCUGUCAUGUUAGGUAA